AUGUUCUCCCGAAGGAGCCACGGGGAUGUGAAGAAGUCCACGCAGAAGGUGCUGGACCCCAAGAAGGACGUGCUGACCCGCGUGAAGCACCUGCGGGCGCUGCUGGAUAACGUGGAUGCAAGUGAUCUUAAGCAGUUUUUUGAGACCAACUAUUCUCAGAUAUAUUUCAUCUUCUAUGAAAAUUUUAUAACACUGGAAAAUAGUUUGAAAUUAAAAGGGAAUAAUAAGUCACAAAGGGAGGAGCUGGACUCCAUCCUCUUUCUUUUUGAAAAAAUACUGCAGUUUCUACCUGAACGAAUUUUCUUUCGAUGGCAUUACCAGAGUAUAGGCUCAACGUUAAAGAAGCUUCUACACACUGGAAAUUCUAUUAAGAUAAGAUGUGAAGGAAUCAGGCUGUUUCUGCUGUGGCUUCAAGCACUUCAGACAAACUGUGCAGAAGAGCAGGUGCUGAUCUUUGCUUGCCUGGUGCCCGGUUUCCCAGCCAUCCUGUCGUCCAGGGGGCCCUGUACACUGGAGACACUCAUCAAUCCUGGCCCCAGCACAGCUGACGCAAAGAUAUAUCCAGAAGAAAUCACGCCACUCCUGCCAGCCAUAUCAGGGGAAAAGAUCACUGAGGACCAAACAUGCUUUUUUCUUCAAAUACUGUUGAAAUAUAUGGUUACUCAGGUCGCAAGCUUGGAGUGGAAGCACAAGGAGAAUCAAGAGACUGGUUUUAAAUUUCUUUUUACAUUGUUUAGAAAGUAUUACCUUCCUCAUUUGUUUCCAUCAUUUACCAAGUUAACGAACAUCUACAAGCCUGUGCUUGACAUCCCCCACUUGAGACCAAAGCCCGUGUAUGUUGCUACAACUCGAGACAGUGAGAACACUUACAGCACAAAAACCCCAUACAUGGCAGCUCGCGUUGUUUUUAUUAAGUGGAUCGUGACUUUCUUUUUGGAAAAAAAGUAUCUAACUGCAACACAAAACGCUAAGAAUGGAGUUGAUGUAUUGCCCAAAAUCAUUCAGACUGUCGGGGGUGGAGGUGCGGUGCCGGAGCGGGCACCGGAGCUGGAUGGCGGCGGGGCGACAGAGGAGGACAGAAGCCACUCGGACAGCGGCACCCUGUCCGAGCGCCGGCUCAGCAGCUGCAGCGUCUGUGGUGUUGAAGAGGAGCACCGUGCCGUGUACGAGAUGGUCCAGCGCAUCCUCCUGUCCACGCGUGGCUACGUCAACUUCGUGAACGAAGUGUUCCGCCAGGCAUUUUUGCUGCCUUCCUGUGACAUAGCUGUAAGCAGAAAAGUAGUUCAAGUGUACAGAAAGUGGAUCCUCCAGGACAAACCUGUGUUCAUGGAGGAACCAGACAUAAAAGAAGUUGCCCAAGAAGAUGCUGAAAAAUUCGGACUUUCAGAGACUGAUAACAAGCAGACCUCAUCUGAAAGUUCUGGUCACAAGCGAUCUUCCAGUUGGGGGCGAACUUAUUCUUUCACGAGUGCUGUGAGCAGAGGGUGUGUGACCGAAGAGGAGAAUAAGAACGUGAAGGCUGGGGCCCAGGCUAUGCUGCAGGUAUUUUUGACAAAUGCUGCAAACGUCUUUUUGCUGGAACCGUGUGUGGAAGUUCCCAUGCUCUUGAAGGAGCAAGUUGAUGCAUGUAAAGCUGUUCUGAUUAUUUUUAGGAGCAUGAUAAUGGAGCUUACAAUGAAUAAAAAGACAUGGGAACAGAUGUUGCAAAUACUACUCAGGAUAACAGAAGCUAUCAUGCAGAAGCCAAAGGAUAAACAAAUAAAGGACUUGUUUGCCCAGAGCUUGGCAGGGUUACUGUUUAGGACGCUCAUAGUGGCCUGGAUCCGCGCAAACCUCUGCGUGUACAUUUCUCGGGAGCUCUGGGACGACUUCCUCGGGGUGCUGUCCUCCCUCACGGACUGGGAGGAACUCAUCCACGAGUGGGCCAGCAUCAUGGACUCCUUGACGGUGGUGCUUGCCAGGACCGUGUACGGAGUUGAGAUGACAAACCUACCUCUGGACAAAUUAAGUGAACAGAAGGAGAAGAAGCAGCGAGGCAAAGGCUGUGUUCCAGAUUCUCAGAAAGGAACCACCGUGGGGAGAUCCUUUUCUCUGAGCUGGCGGAGCCACCCCGAUGUGGCCGAGCCCAUGAGAUUCAGGAGUGCCACCACAUCCGGGGCGCCGGGAGUUGAGAAAGCAAGAAACGUCGUCCGCCAGAAAGCAACCGAAGUGGAAGAAUGCCCGCAGCCGGAAAAUGCAGCUGCAGCCGAAUCCGGCCCCCUGGCAGCAGCCGAGCAGCAGCCAAUGGUUCGGAGCAGCAGCAGCCCUGACGUCACGGAGCCACUGUGCUCAGAGGCCCCUCCGGGUCAAAAGGUAGAAAAUGCACAGAAUGUGAGUUCUUCAGAGCCCAGGCCUGUUCAGGAGAACAAAGGACAUGAGAAGAAAGAACAUGAAGGAAUAACAAUCUCAGUACGAAGAAGCAGCAGCCCCGCUGAAUUGGAUUUGAAAGAUGAUUUGCAGCAGACGCAAGGAAGAUACAGGGGGAGACAGAAGAGUGACAGUGUCAGCAGUGACCCUGCUCUGGGCUGCAACACUGAGGCAGAGCUGUCCCUGAGCCCGUGGCAGAUCUGCGAGGAAGACCCGGAACUGAGCACGCCCACGGAUGCUGUGACUGACUCCGAUGCCCGCCACUGGUUACAGCUCAGUCCCACGGAUGCUUCCAACCUCACAGAUAGCAGCGAAUGCCUUGCUGAUGACUGUAGCAUAAUCGCUGGGGGGACCCUCACGGGUUGGCACCCAGACUCGGCCGCUGUGUUAUGGCGAAGAAUCUUGGGAAUCCUCGGAGACGUGAAUAACAUCCAGUCACCCAAGAUCCACGCCAGAGUGUUUGGCUCUCUCUGUGAACUCUGGUACAAGCUAGCGAAGAUACGGGAUAACCUAGCAAUAAGCCUGGAUAACCAGUCUUCUCCGUCUCCUCCUGCCUUGAUCCCACCCCUCAGAAUGUUUGCAUCAUGGCUAUUUAAGGCAACAACGCUGCCCGAUGCAUAUAAAGAAGGCAAACUCCAAGCCUACAAGCUGAUCUGCGCCAUGAUGACCCGACGCCAGGACGUGCUGCCCAACUCGGACUUCCUGGUGCAUUUUUACCUCGUCAUGCACCUGGGACUAACCAGCGAGGACCAGGAUAUCUUAAAUACCAUUGUAAGGCACUGCCCACCCCGCUUUUUCUCCCUGGGUUUGCCCGGCUUCUCCAUGCUGGUGGGGGACUUCAUCACGGCCGCUGCCAGGGUCCUCAGUGCAGACACGCUGGCGGCCCCUCGUUUGGAAGCCCUCACCAUUCUCGGGUCUCUGGUCUGCUUUCCCAACACCUACCGUGAGAUCCCUCUGUGGCAGCCGGUGCCCGAAGUUACCGAAGUCACCAGGGGAACGGAAGAUGUCAAGCAGUACCUCAUGAGUAUUUUACUGAAGAAUGCCACAGAGGAACCAAAUGAGUGUGCAAGGUGCAUUGCCAUUUGCUCCCUUGGGGUCUGGAUCUGUGAAGAGCUUGCACAGGGCACGAACCAUCCGCAGCUGAGAGAGGCCGUCAACGUGAUAGGCGUCACUUUGAAGUUUCCUAACAAAAUCGUGGCCCAGGUAGCUUGUGAUGUGCUUCAGUUGCUGGUUUCCUACUGGGAAAAGCUUCAGAUGUUUGAAACCUCUCUGCCUCGGAAAAUUGCAGAAAUCCUUGUGGCCACAAUUGCUUUUCUUUUACCAAGUGCAGAGUACUCCUCAGUGGAAACAGAUAAGAAGUUCCUCGUGUCCCUGCUGCUCUGCCUCCUGGACUGGUGCAUGGCGCUGCCGGCGGGCACCCUCCUCCACCCCGUGUCCACGGCGGCCCUGGACGAGCAGCCCGCGGCCCGGACCCCCUUGCUGGAUUACAUCUACAGGGUUCUGCACUGCUGUGUUUGCGGCUCAAGCACGUACACCCAGCAGAGCCGCUACACCCUGACCCUGGCUGACCUGUCGUCCGCGGAUUACGACCCCUUCCUCCCACUGGCAAACGUGAAGAAUUCUGAGCCAGUCCAAUGUCAUUCAUCAGCAGAACUGGGCAACCUGCUUACUGUCGAAGAGGAGAGGAGGCGAAGGAGCAUGGAGCUGAUCCCGCUGACUGCGCGCAUGGUGAUGGCGCACCUAGUGAACCACCUGGGACACUUCCCCCUGCGCGGGGGCCCCGCCGUGCUGCACAGCUUGGUCAGUGAGCACCACGACAACACACACGCCGACGCUGCCGAGCUCUCCCCUGACGUGUUCAGGAGCCCGAACCUGCAGUUGUUUGUGUUCAACGAUAGCACCCUCAUCUCCUACCUGCAGACACCCGCGGCGGGUCCUCCCGGCGGGUCGCCAGAGGGCGCCCCCUCGGACGUGAGAGUGAUCGUGAGGGACAUCUCGGGGAAGUACUCCUGGGACGGGAAGGUGCUCCAUGGACCUCUGGAAGGCUGCUUAGCCCCAAAGGGCAGAAGUCCCUCGUUCCUGAUCUCGGGCUGGCGUCACCAAACACCUGGACCUCAGAGGGAUCUUUCUCAGACUGAGGAGGGGGAGGACGUCCUCAACAAAUUACUUGAAAACAUUGGCCACACGAGUCCCGAAUGCCUUUUACCGUCACAGCUCCAUCUCAACGAGCCUUCCCCACCCCCACGUGGAAUGAACCGUGCCCAAGAGAAGGAAAUCACCGAGAUCCUCCUGCGCCAGAGCGCACAGGAAGAUGAGUAUGUCCAGAGGUGCGACUUGGACGUGGCCAUGAAGGUUGCCAGCCAGGAGCCGCCAUCACCAGUGGAGCCCCGGGGAGCCUUUUACUUCUGCAGGUUGCUGCUCGAUGACUUGGGAAUGAAUUCUUGGGACAGAAGGAAGAAUUUCCAUCUGUUGAAGAAAAAUUCAAAAUUAUUGAGAGAGCUAAAAAAUCUGGACUCCCGACAGUGCCGUGAAACGCACAAAAUCGCCGUGUUUUACGUUGCUGACGGCCAAGAAGACAAGUGCUCGAUCCUUUCCAAUGAAAGAGGAAGCCGAGCGUACGAAGACUUUGUUGCUGGACUGGGAUGGGAGGUGGACCUCUCAACCCACUGCGGGUUCAUGGGCGGACUUCAACGCAACGGCAGCACGGGCCAGACUGCCCCCUACUACGCUACCUCGACCGUGGAAGUGAUUUUCCACGUUUCAACUCGGAUGCCAUCAGACUCAGAUGAUUCGCUCACCAAAAAGCUCCGUCACUUGGGGAAUGACGAGGUCCACAUCAUCUGGUCUGAACACUCCCGGGACUACCGCAGGGGGAUCAUCCCCACCGCCUUCGGAGACGUUUCAAUCAUCAUCUACCCCAUGAAGAAUCACAUGUUCUUUAUCACGAUAACGAAGAAACCCGAGGUUCCGUUUUUUGGGCCCCUGUUUGAUGGAGCAAUCGUGAGUGGGCAGCUCCUGCCAAGCCUUAUCUGCGCCACUUGCAUCAACGCCAGCAGGGCCGUGAAGUGCCUCAUCCCCCUCUACCAGAGCUUCUACGAGGAGAGAGCUCUGUAUCUCGAAGCAGUAAUCCAGAACCACCGCGAAGUCAUGACGUUUGAGGAUUUCACAGCCCAGGUCUUCUCCCCGUCUUCCAGCUACUCCGUCAGCGGAACUGCCCCUCAGCCACGGAAUUGCCCCAACCCCGGGCUCACUGGGGCCAGCCCCCAGGGCGGCACGAGCCACAAAGCCCAGGUGCCCAUGUCGCCCGGGCAGAACAGCGCUCGAGGAAAGGCCGGGCGGGGGCAGUGGCUCUCAGCAGCCAGGAGUGGAAUCGCCCCCUUUGCGGCCAGCCUGCUCAAUCCGCAGCUGCCGCCUCCCCAUCAAUCACGGGGUGCAGUGGGCACAGUGGGAGCCAGGGGACGGGCCAACGGAAAGAUGCACGAAGGCCGCUUUGCUGCAAGAGCUUCGCAGCUCAUCAAAGUUGGCAUCACCCUGCCCACCCGCCACGCCGCAGUGCAGGACCGAGAGGGGCCCCCUCCUGCCCCCCUAAUUGGAUGGGCCCUGGCCACCAGGCUGAGCCUCCUGCACGGCGCCUCUCGGGGAGUGUGA